UACGUGCAUAAUUAUUUAAGCACAAUUAUUCUAAAACAUAUCUUAUUAAUUCAGUAUUUUCAUGCAAUUAAUUAACAAUACUAACACAUGACCUUCAUCUACCACACCUAUUAAAACUGCGAACCUUGUGUAAUCAAUAAUUAAGUUGCUAAGAAAAAACUCAAAGCACAGUUUUUUGAAAUAAAACUCAUAAAGAAAUGGCCAAGGCCUCAACUAUUAAAGAAGCAAUUAAAAGAUGGGAGGACAAAUCUGGUCUCCAAUCUGCUACAGCUACGGAAGUCAGCUUAAUGUUUCAAUGGCCACCCAUCGAAAAAAUGGAUAAUACAUUAGCUACUCUUACAAACUGCGAGAAAUUGAGUUUGUCGACAAAUAUGAUAGAAAAGGUAACUGGAUUGAAUACGUUUAAAAAACUUCGGGUCUUAUCAUUGGGUCGGAAUUACAUUAAGUCCUUUGCGGGCAUGGAAUCUCUAGGGGACUGUCUUGAAGAAUUGUGGAUAUCUUACAAUUUGAUUGAGAAAUUAAAAGGGAUACACGUCUUGAGAAGUUUGAAGGUUUUAUACAUGAGUAACAAUUUGGUUAAGGAAUGGAGUGAGUUUAAUAAGUUGCAGGAGCUACCGCACCUCGAAGACCUGCUUUUCGUUGGCAAUCCGCUUUACGACGGCUGUGAGUUGGAUGCUUGGCGUUCAGAAGCGGCUAGACGACUUCCUAACCUCAAAAAGUUGGAUGGAGAAACUGUGUUACGCGAAGAUGAACCGCCUUUGACUGUCGCUGAUAUGCAACCCGAUGGUGGUGACGGUGUGGAAACUUUAGUCAGCGCGGAGACCAACGAUUGAAAAGCCUAUAAACAUAUCAAAAAUCUUGUCUAUCCAAGAAAAAACAAUCACGAAAAAAGGAUGCACAGAUCAAAAUUAAAACUAUUUCGCUCUAUUGAAAUUCUCUCACAGAUAAUCUUAAUAAAUCUAUUUAUUCUCUA